AUGACAGAUAUUAGAGAGAAGAGAAUUCCAGAGUUGAGGAGCACUAUGAGAGACGCUGGAGCUCCUAUAGAACAGAGUUUGAUGUGUGGUGAUGGCCUUUGGCAGUCUCCACAGAAGGACUUUGCCCUCCUCCACCCUGUGGACACGCAGAGUGUUCUCGUCUAUAGCUCUGGUCUGCAAAUCUCAGUGGACAUGGACUCAAGUGGCCAUUUGAGAGCAGUCAUUAAGGUCCCUCAGUCUUUUUACAACCGGACUGUUGGUCUACUGGGACAGUGGAAUGGAGACAAAAUGGAUGACUUCCUCUACUCCAAUGGAAAGCGUUUAUCUUUCAAAGAUGGGAAAAUCCCAACUGAGAAGGCAAUCUAUGACUUUGGCCUUUCCUGGACUGUCCCCCAACCUGAAAUCUUGAUCCCCUCAGACCAGGAAUCCAGUAACUUCCAGCCUGUCUUCAUGGAGGAGCUCCUGACAUCAGUGAGUGCAGACAUACUUGAACAAAACAGGAACACCUGUAGAGGGAAGAUCCCCUGCCUCCAUGACUUUCUUGCCACUGGCCUCAUUGAUGUGGGCAUGCAGACCAUCAAGUUCUUGGAGAAAUCUGAAAAAAUGCUGGCUCUGUUUGGAAACAUGCCUCCCUCGAUUACGGGCCCUUCUGUAAUUCAGUGUAAAGUGAACUUCAAUAAUACAUUUGUGUUCAUGGCGGUGGAUCGAAAUAACGACACUAUCAGCUUUUCACUUUUACUCCCAGUUCCUGAUGGGGCUAUCAUGAAUCCAGUUACUGGAGAACUGACGUGGACUCCCCGGAAUGCAAACCCUGUGGUCCUAACAGUACAGGUUAAUGAUCAGCUUUCAGAAACCGUGACCAGUCCUGUCAUUCAGAUGUGUAAUUGUAUGAAUGGCGGCACCUGCGACUACAGCAGAAUAAUCCAGAACCACCGUAAAGGAAAGUUUCAGGUGGUAGGAUGUCUUUGUCCACAGGGAUUCUCUGGCCCUUUGUGUUCUAAUAUCACUGAGUCAUGUAAAGGCAGGCCAUGCUUCCCAGGAAUUGGAUGCACAAAGCAGCCCUCCCCACAGCUCUUCUCCUGCGCUAAGUGUCCCCCUGGAACAGUGGCGAAAGACAAAGAGGGCUACAAAUGUUUUCAACAAAACAUUAAUGAAUGUUUAUCUCCUUCUGCAUGCCCAAAUGCCAAGUUUGAGUGCAUCAACACAGUGGGUUCUGUACAAUGUUCCUGCCGGUAUCAAAAUGCCCAAGACACAGAGACAUGUGGUGAUUCAGCCAAUCCUCCAGGCUGGAACAUUUUCAACUGCACCUUGAAAUGGAGCCAGACAAGCAGUUCUCCAAAGGAUACCACCAAAAUGCUGCGUCACAUCCUGGCCCUGGGAUUUGAGAACAAAUUCUACAACGCAAGCCUAAAGACUCCAGAAGAUGAGGGAUCUACAGUUGAGUACAGGUUGAAUGUGUCCAGCGACACACCUCACUGGUAUGUGAGAGACUACCUGACUCGGGUCAGUCAUCACUAUGGCUUGGAGGUCUCUACCAUUUUGGUUGGAGACCUAAAUGAAUGCUCCAGUGGUGAGGCCUCAUGCGUUGGAGAUUCACGCUGUGAGAACACCUAUGGUGGGUAUAAAUGCAUGUGCAACAGCAGCAGCAGCCUGGAGUCACAGUCUUGCACCAGUGAUCUAACAUUUAAAAACAACAGCAUAGUGCCCAGCAAGCUAGCAGAAGCGGACUACAGGACGCUGAUCUUGGGUCUGGUACUUGGGAUAGGAAUUCCUCUCUUAAUUCUGCUUCUCAUUGCUGUUGCCAUCUCCUGCUGCCUUUGUACAAGAAAGAAGAAGAUGAAAAGAGAAAUUCCUUCAGCACCAUCUGACUGCAUCCUGCAGGAGAUCUUCUCCUCGCCAUUCAGUUAUUCAGAUCCGGCACUGUUCUACAAGGUGCAUUACAUUCCCAGGAUGCAAAGCAGAAGCGAACAUGCUGCGCCUCCUUCACAAGAGCAGUUUAAAAUGAAUGACUGGGACUAG